AUAUAUAUCCAGUUUGGCAUUGUUUCUUAACAUGGAGUUAAACUACAAAUCCCACAAUUCCAUUCGACCUUUCAGAGACAUCCGGGGACGCGGGAAACACGAACGCUCGCGGUGUGUGAUGGGCUCAUGUCUGCUGUCAGUGGCUGAACAGCUCUUUAAAGAUCUUCAGAGAACCUACACACAGACGAAACACAUUCCAGAUGAUCUACUGAUAGCAUUGCGGUUUGUGUUCGGCCCCUGCGCCCUGCAGGCAUUGGACCUGGUGGAGAAGCACUCGGUCAAGUGUGUGACAUCACCCAGCGGCCGAAAGGUUUUUCAGGUUUUGGGAGGGUCGGGACGUCUGUACACCUGUUACUCGUCCUGUCACUACUGCCCGUGCCCCGCCUUUUCUUUCUCUGUGCUCAGACGGAACGAGAGUCUGAUGUGUAAGCAUCUCCUGGCUGCCUGCUUGAGUCAGGCCAUGGGUUUGUGCCACCAAGAACAGGUCUCAGAUCAGCAGAUGACACACGUUCUCUCAGGGCAAACGGAGGCCAACACAUGAAUAGCUGGUCUUGAGAGGGACUCCAGAGGCUCGGAAGCAAAUAUUAGGAAUUCAAAAUGAUUUUUGUGACUUCUGCAAUAUUGAAGAUUCAUACAUUUGUGAUGUGGGUGAAUUUGAUUGAUGUGCUUUUGGUUGAAAUGUGAUAUAUUGUGCAAUGCUUUUUUUUGUAAAUUUUACAUUUUGAUUUGUUUUCCGUGAUCAGUUUUGCUUGAUUAAUGGAUUGAUUCUCGUUGAUAAACAUGCUAAGCCGUAAAGCGAAGGGCCAGAUGUUUGUGUAUGCAUUUGUUAAAUAUAUUGUAUGUGCUGCCAGAGAUUGUACAUCUGUUCAUUGAGCGUGACCGUGUUUAUUUUUGGAGUUUCCGUUUGUUUGAAAGUUCUGCACCCUAGACAAACAAUGAGGCCACGAGACAAUUUUGUACUUUGCAUUAAAAGUUUGUACAAGUUUUUCUUGAAAUUCUCUGAAGCAAUUGUUCAAAAAGAAACUAUAAAUGCUCCUUACAGUAUAAUAUAAUCAAAGUGACUUCAUCUUGUCUUGCUCGAUUGUAUGUAUUAAAAAAAAAAGAUAUACAGCCACGGAAAAAGUAUAUGCCAUUUCUAGAUCUACUGUGGUCAUUCUAGUCUGUUGAAUUACAACUAAAUCAAACCUCAGGAGUGACAAAGUCAUCCAACAGCAAUGUGAAAGACUUACA